UUGACGUCCGCAUACGUACAGUCGACCUGCCCUGUUGUCCAUUAGCAUUGUUUGCUAACUAAUCUGAGCGUUUUCUAAAGAAUUUGCUCUUUUUUUUGCCGCUAGUCGAGUGUAAGUUACAGCAGACGGGUUGAACAGCAGCUGAGAUCCAGCGGAAGGUUUCAGUCAGACGGAUUAACUACGGUAAACCUUUAACCUGCACCUGGUUGGUGUCUCAGGUGAAGCAGGUGGAGCUCAGCCUCCAGCACAAUGAACCUGGGCUCUAAAGGGAAGAAGCGGGUGGUGCUGCCCAGCCGGCCUGAGCCCCCCACUGUGGAGCAGAUCCUGGAGGACAUCAGCAGAGCUGCUCCUGAUGAUCCGGUGUUCAGCAUCCUGGAGCAGACUGGACAAGACUUGACCCGUCCUGCCGACAGCGAGGUGGAGCUCCGGUUCCAGCAGUGCCGUCGCUUCCUGGAGCUGAACAAGCAGCUGCAGGACGCUCAGAGUCGGCUGCAGCAGCAGAGGGAGGAGCUCCAGGCGGCGGGAGAGCAGCUGGACAAAGAUGUGGCCGAGGUCAGAGGUCAAACCCUCUGACCCGUCGACCCGCUUUCACAGACUCUGUUCUUCUCUGUCGGGACGAUUUACCUGAACUGUUUUCUACCAGCCUGAAUCAGGAGUGAACCAGACUCUGGUGGAGCCUGAAGAGCCUCCAUGGCCUCAGAACUCAAACAUGGUCCUUCACAAUAAAAGCCUCCUGCUCCGUGACCAGGCAGAAGCUUUUAAUGUGAAGCAGCAGAGAGUGCAUGCUUUGAAUCAGUCGUUUUAUUCCACUAAGAGUAAACAAGAAAGAACACUGACAAUAUAUUAAAAAUACAUUUUUUUGUCUGAUGACUUUAUCAAUAACUGAAAAUUGGAAUAAAUUUUCCAGAAUACUGACAGUAUUGCAUACUUGAUACGUCAAUAUCACAAUAUAAAGUUAGCGUACACUGCUCCUGCUGCAAACAGUAAUAACCUUUGAUAAUUAUUUUGUACUUUAAGUUUUGAUUCAGUGAUUUCAAAAUAAAUCCAUUUCCACAGUAGAAAGUGAUGUUAAAGCUUUUUUUCCCUUUGAAAACAUGAACCAUUCCUGUAAUAAAGGCAGAUUUUCCUGUUUGCAAAGUUGUAAAGGUGAGUGUUUAAUUAGGGUUAUGAUUAAACUCAGCGAUCAGAAGUGAGGAGGGAUAUUUGAUCAGUAAUUUAAAAGCCUUGUUGCUCAUGAAGUGCAGAGUGAAGGUUUGUUGAGACUGUAUGAGUCAAUGUCCGUCCAGAACGUUGCAGCAGACGGCACGAAACGUCUCGGUGGACAGAUGGUUAAGUCCAUGUUUAAAAAUACAACUUGCAGAUCUUAGUCUGAGAACUUCUCAACAUUUAUCCUCCAGUGCUGAUUGGCUGUCACGCGUGACCAGUCGGUUGAUGCUGUUGGCAGAACAUUAGUCGAGACCAGACGACAGAUGGAGAGGCAGCUGCAUCAGAGCAAAGGUUCAUAGAUGAAUUUAUUUUAUUAGGAGUCAGUACCAGUGAAAAUAAAAAAUACUAAAAAUGGCAAAAAUGCUGAAUAUGAAUCCAGUAAUCGGUCAACCUUUACUUUGAAAGUGUGAUACAUGUCGGACUUCACUUCCUGUUUCUAUUGUGACUGAUUCUUUUUAUACAGUAAUUAAAAUGAUGAAAGUGACACUA